AAGGAACACUCCUCAACUGAGGAACUGAGGCACUGAGUGAGACAUACAGAGAUUAAGAAAAACAGACAGUAAAAUGAAGAACAUGUGACAGGGAAGGAACUACCCGAACAGUGCCAUUUUUACUUUGUAUGGGAGGCAGGAAAGGAGACAACUACCUGUGGAGAUGGGUACCACCCUCCCAGUGUACCUCAAUGUGAGUGUGGGACUGCUCAACUCGUCGUCAGACUCAGCUCAGAAAAAGGAGGGUUACAGUGAAGCCACCAUGAUCGUGCUGGGCAUCAUCAUGUCCUUACUCGUCCUGUGCAUUGUCUUUGGAAACAUCCUGGUCAUUACAGCCAUCGCCCGCUUCCAGCGUCUCCAGAAUGUCACCAACUGUUUCAUCAUAUCCCUGGCCUGCGCUGACCUGGUCAUGGGUCUCAUUGUGGUUCCUUUCGGUGCCUGCAACAUCAUCUUUAAGACCUGGCACUUUGGUAGUUUCUGGUGCGAUUUCUGGACUGCGACUGAUGUUCUCUGUGUGACUGCAAGCAUCGAGACCCUAUGUGUCAUAGCGAUAGACCGUUAUUUGGCAAUCACCUCUCCAUUCCAUUACCAGUCGAUGCUCACCAAGUGCAAGGCUCGCAUUGUGGUUGUGCUGGUAUGGGUGAUUGCCGCCUUGAUAUCUUUUCUACCCAUCCACAUGAAGUGGUGGGCAUCAGAUGAUAAGGAAGCUGAGGUAUGCCAUGAAAACAUCAGCUGCUGCGAGUUCCACACCAACACGGCUUACGCUAUCACCUCCUCAAUCAUCUCCUUCUACAUCCCUUUGAUCAUCAUGGUUUUUGUCUACAGCCGAGUUUUCCAGGUGGCCAGACGCCAACUGAAGAAGAUUGACCAGAGCGUUGGACGUUUUCACAACAGCGACAACAGCAACCUCAAUUCUUUAGAGGCCAACAACGGGCGUGGCAAUAAGAAGGCCAAGUUUUGCCUGCGGGAACACAAAGCCCUAAAGACACUGGGCAUUAUUAUGGGGAUUUUCACUCUGUGCUGGCUGCCCUUCUUUCUGCUCAACGUGGUGGUGGCCAUGUGGAAGGUGGAGGGCAUUGAACUCACCUUCAGGAUACUAAACUGGAUAGGUUACGCAAACUCUGCCUUCAACCCGCUCAUUUACUGCCGGAGUCCUGAGUUUAGGUACGCCUUCAAGGAAAUCCUUUGCUUGAAGAGGAACCGCCUCAGCAACGCGGGGCCGGUGAACGGAUACAUCUACAGCAGGCACAGCUGGCAGAGCGAGCAGCAAGGGAGGAGCAAGGGCAGCCUGGAAGACAGUGACAAUAAUGAAGGCUCUCAGGGGAAGGGAGCAGGGGUCUGCAGCAUUAUGGACAGAGCAGUGGACCCCAACGGGAAUCGCAACAAUGGCCUAUCGUCAAACUGACUGCUAGAGACUGCUCAACCAAAACUGUUAUAACCAGCAGAGGAAAGUAUUUAUCUUAUUUUUCAACCACUUUUACUUUUGUUACAAUUCUCAUGUUGAACUUCCAUCUACCUCAUCACAUUUCUUUUACCAUUUGUUUCAUAACUAACUAUUUAAUAUGACUGUCUCCCUGUCUGUGUACACUAUGGCAGUAUGUCAGCUGUACUCUGCUACAUGGUGUGUACAGUAUACAAUUGCUGGUUAUCUGGCUCAGAUUUAAUUUGUGGGCAAAUCUUUUUGUCUCAGAGUUUUUGGCAAAAGAUCCCACAAUCUAUUAGCGUAAAAAUGUUUUUGGUAUUCAAAGUAACUCAUUCAGAGGCUGUAAAUUCCAUUAGGGCAUGCCAAUUUGGCAUGAAUAGCGAGUUAUUUCCAUUAGAUGAGGAGCAUGAAAGGAUCAAACUUAAUGCCUCUUUGGUACUUUGUUUGAAGAAAUACAUUCCAAAUCAUGCCUUGGCUUCGUUUCGUUUUUUUGUUUCUUGAUGAUUUGUCAUAGUGUGAAAGAUGAUCAUCAACAGGUGUGGCAGUCUCUCUCUUUCCGUCUCUCACUGCUCAGCAAUGUGGCGAGGCUCUGCUCCCUGCUCUAGUGUUUUACAACCUGUUACAUGCAUGUUUCUGUUGCCAGCAGAUAGCACCAGAAAUAUGAAGUUAUCGACAUCUAGCUGUGGCCAUCCUGUGAUAGGUCAUAUAUUAAAACCUGCACAUCUGGACAAGUUGUAUCAACCAGAUUCCAUUAUCUGCCCUACAGAUAUCUAAUAUCUUUAAAGGCAGAGCAGAUGGCAUUAAUGUGGUUGAUCUUGGGGUUUGACCUUUAAAGCUUGCAGCUGUUUUCUGAAUACAUUCAAAUGCACACAUUUGCUGCUACACAGCCUACAAGUCUUGCAUUUAGUCUAUUUAUGUGACAUUUAAGACGGUGUUUGGUACAUAAUAUAGCAAAUAAGGUCAACUAUGUGAGCCUUUCUUCUCCCCUAUAUGUAUACAGUCACUGUUUUUGUUGCAAAAGUCCUGUUUGUUUGUCAAAGUGUGGUUGCUGUGUCUCAGCACAGUGUUUACUGAAACCAGAGAGUCUGUUUCCUUAGUCAUGGAACAAGUGUACAAACCCAACCAACAAUAAACAAAAAGACAAGCGAUAACAGAGUUCCAGGCACGAGACUGUGACAUACUCAGACAGAAAGGAAGAUGAGCACCUUUGUCACUGCUCCCUGACAUUUGCCAGUCUACUCACUGUAAACGGAUGUCUACAUCUUUAUAGAAUCACUCUCACAUUUGGAAAAGACACUUAGGAGUCCAUUGAGCAGUGCCUCAGCUGCUCCAGUUGUUUCAGUCAGUCUACUCUAGACACUGCUCGGUGUGCUGUCUCCAGGAAAUGCCUCCAAUCCAGCUGAGCCCAGCCCAAUAAACAUGAAUAAACCCAUUAUCUUCGCCGUUUAGCUCAUCAGAUAACUCGCUCCUAAGGAUAACUGGAACGGAUUAGUACAUUGCAAAGUAUACAAUUCCCAAUUUCAUGAUAAGAUGUGAUGAGAUCCAAAGAGCAAACCUGAAAUGACACUAUCUUUCUAUCACCGGUUUUAAGACUCUUGAGAAUGUCUCAUCUUAACGGCAUGCAUUAAUGGGAAAUAAAGGCUUUGGAUUCAGGCGAUUGAAUUGGUCAAUCCACAGACUUUCCCCAUACUAAUGAUAGGUGUUGCAAGUGUAACCCCCUUUUCCCCAGUCAAUGUGGGGAUCUCUAUGUUCUGAUUCAAGUGACAGCAUGCUAAAUGUGGCUACUGUAGGCAGGAGGGGGAGCAGGGGUUCUCCGCCAGUCUAAAUCGGUGUUAGUGACCUGUGUUUUAGUGCAUGUAGCGUUAAGGUCAGCUGAAUGUCAAAACUGUGAACUUUGUUCCCUCAGAGGUAUCCAUAUGUACUGUAUCGCUAGGUUUGGUCAGCACUGUUGUCACAGACCUUAAGAUUAGACGUAAAUACGGUGUCAUCUUACGUCAAUGUUUGCCAUGUGAAAAACAAGCUUUCCAGUGUGUCAAUCUCUUUUUCUGUUUUUCUUCUUCAUGGAUUUACAGCAAAGUAAAUUCAGGGGUUGGAUGUCAUAACAAGCACUCUCCAGGGUUUUAACUCCAUCACUUUUUAACUGUACGGGAUGCACAAAACAAAUAUUCUAGACCAAUGUUUUGAAAGUUUACUAUUGUAUUUAUUCACUCACAAUUAAUUGAUGCAAUGACGCUGAAAUGCUAAGUCACUGCUGGAUUGAAAAAAGGUUCUGUAUUUCAGACCUGUCAUUUUUUAAAAGCACUUUGCAAGUGAUCUUUUGCACGUCUGCUUUGUGUACUUGUGGUGUUAUAUUUGUGAACUAUGGUGCCAUUUCCUUUCAAAGUGAUCUGUUUCAGUCCAAGUGAAGUUGGUAUAUAUCCACACUGCUCCCUCCUGGCAGUGGCCUCUCCUUGCACCUCAGCUGUCUUACAGUUAUACACGGUUACUGUUUCAUCGAUACUCCUGUUUAAUGAGGAAUGUAGUUCAUGGCUUCACCCACUCAUGCUGGAGGACACAAUAGAGUUACCUGCACUGUGUUUUGAGUUAUUAUCCAACACUACAACAUUCCAAGUAUAGCUCAAGGUUUGUCUACUGAUGCAUACAAUGAACAGUAUGUCCCAGCAAAACUUUGCCCUGAGAAAAAACAAUCUUAUCCAUUGGUAUGUUUGUACCAUCUCUAGAAACAUAGAAGAUUAUUUUAAAAGUGCAGUCUGUGUUGGUUGAGGGGAUUUAUUACAAUGUGGCACGUAUAUGUUCAGUGUAAAAGAAAAACAUGUUUUAUUCAUUUUAAUAUGUCUCAUGUGGGCUAAUGCAACUGCUAUUUUGCUCCCAUGUAAUAAAAGUCACUUUACUCCCCAAGAUCUAAAUAAGGUUGUUGAAGCAGUACUGUACUGUAGCACUUUCAUGAAACUUUUGUUGAAUUAUUAAACAAUUGAAUCCAAGCUCGAGUGCAUGAACUGUAAACAAUUACUGGCUGGGUAGUUCAAUUGUACUAGUUCUGUGGAAGUCCUUUUUCCUGUUUGCAGCUAAAAGUUAAAAUGUCGACAGAAAGGUAGUCGAAAGUGAACUGUUCUGAAAAGUUGAUGUACGUGAAUAUGGAUAUUGCUUUGGCCUUCAUAUGAAAAAUGAACCUAUGACAUGUGAAGCUUUUUCGAGCGAAAAAUAAACGUGUCACUCAGCUGAAUGUUUACUAAAUGUUUGCUAAACCAAUUUCGCACAAGUUGUUGUCAUUGUUUGUUACGGUAUUGAAGCCUGUUACAACAUGUGGUGUCCUGUGGUAUUUAUAUAAAAGCAAAUGUAUGUGCUGUGACAUUUGUAUUCGAAUAAAUGAUGUACAUGUUGAA